AUGGCAAAUGAAGCUAUAGUGGAGGAGGAUGAUGCCAAGGAUGACGCAACUGAUGAGGUUGGAGCAGAUGCUGAGGAGCUAGCAGUUGGGGUUGCCGAGCAAAUGGCGGCAGGUGAGCAGAGUGAGGCCGUGGUUUGUGCAGCUGAGGAGGAAGUUCGCCAAGGGUCACAUGCCGAAAUAGCUCUCAUGGGAGUUGCCCGUUUGGCUUAUAUCCGGAGAUAUGCCGAUAGCUCCUUACUUCCGAAGGUAGUGGGCAUUCCAUUGUCUCGGUACUUCCUCCCCCUCUACGGUGCAAAGGGUAUAACUUCCUCUACCCCCAGAUCGGCUGAUCACGUAUGGGCCUUCCCAGUUAAGAUGCCAGCUGCUACUAGUAAGCUACAACUCGAACAAUGGUCUUCUCUUGUUCCUCUUCAAGAAGAUCAAGGCAGUCCAGUACAAUCUUGUUGGAUGCCUCGCUUGGCCAUUGCCUUGCAGAUAUCUUGGAGUUUACAGGUUCUGUCUAAUGCUAUACUUUACACAAAGUCAAUAGCAACGAUCAUCAUGUUCUUCUUGGCUAGGGAUUGGCUAGGUAUUGGUCACAUCUUUGAACAUAUCUGUGGAGUCUUGGUGCAUGGUGAGCUAAAAGUAGUCCAUGUUGAGAGCCUUUUGGGCAAGCAAUCUGCCUCUAGUGUGAUUCCCACUUUUGCCAUCGUGUAUUAUGUAGAGCACUUCGAGUGUUUGCGAGUACUUGAUGCAAGUGAGAUGAGGACCAGAGUAUCAUCUGCGAACAAGUUUGUUGUCCUUCAUGUAGUACCUCGCAACUUUUUGCUUGAUUGUUUUGGCCUCAGAUUUGUCAUUCGGCAAGUUCGUGUUCACCAGGCAAUCAAUGAUGGGAUCUUGCCAGCUAGGAUCCUCGUCAAUUUGCAUAAAGUCCGGCUGCUCUACCUUUUCAAUGCUUGGUUGGUCAAGAUAGCCAACUUCUUGAUUGAUAGCUCCUUUGCCAAGUGCAAGCCAGUGAGCAAUGGCUCGUACUCUGCCUUGUUGUUCGAGGUUAGGAAGUCAAGCGUGAUAGCUUGCUCUAGCAAGGUUCCGUCUGGGGUGAUUAUGACGAUGCCUGCUCCAACUUCCUUUUCGUUCAACGCUCUGUCUAUGUGCAACUACCUCAUUUCUCUAGUUAGGUCAAGUUCGACAGAGGAGUUCAUGUCUGCUCUCGAACUUUCUUUGUUCCUAUUGACCAACUUUUCUUCUCACCAGGAACUGGCUUUAAGAGUAGGGGAGGAGAAGUGA